AUGCAGCUCCUCUCCAUUUUCUCGACUUUGGCAUUCGUGUCUUCUGUGAUCGCAGCUGAUCGGGGCCAGUCCACCAUUGCUGGGCUCGGGGCUCGUAAGCAGGAGAUCUUGAAAGCUGGUGGCAACACUCGUGACUUGGCUAUUUCGAUGCUGGAGACCAACAACAUGAACACCGAUUACACUUAUGGUGAUGGAAAGUCUGGUGACGGUACCAACUUCGGCAUUUUCAAGCAGAAUUGGUACAUGCUAAGACAUUCUGCAUCUGAAUUCCUGAACAACACCGUCGACCAGGUCUCUGAUGGUGCCAUUCUCAAUGAGAAUCUGGAGAAGGACAUCCAAGCCCGUCACGAGGGUGAGAAGCACUUCGGGUAUGAGACCUGGUUUAGUGGCCACCGCAACGGAGAAUCAGGUGUCAUCAAGCCGGGCACCCAGGACAUCAAGGACUACAUGAAUGGCGUGGCAUGGAUUCAGCAGCAGAUUGAGAGUGAUGAGAAGUACCAGAGCGACGAUACUCGCUUCUGGGUUAAUGUUAAGGCCAUCUAG